GAACGGCCCGAUCAACUAUAGGAUCUAGCUGUUAUUCACCAUGAACGUUGCGGUGUCUCCCAUGGCCAGAGAGGCUGCCUCACCCAUGAUCACCUCCGUCACGCCCAGCUUUGAGGAGGAGGAGGCAGGCCCCAGCCUCAGCCAGGGUGGUCUCUGUAGAGAAGGGCUGGCCCAGGAGAGGGACCCGGCCUGGAGGUAUCAGAACCAGAAGCCCCCUCCCCUGCACACAGGGGCGGACUGGAAGGUGGUGCUGCACCUGCCUGAGAUUGAGACGUGGCUGAGGGCCACCACUGACAGGGUCCGGGAUCUCUCCCACUCUGUCCACCAGGACUCAGUCAACAAACACCUGGAUGUACACCUAGUGCAGCUCAAGGACAUUUGUGAGGACAUCUCGGACCAUGUGGAGCAGAUCCAUGCAUUGCUGGAGACAGAGUUCUCCUUGAAGCUGCUGUCCUACUCUGUGAACAUCAUUGUGGAUAUCCGCAGUGUGCAGCUCCUGUGGCACCAGCUCCGUGUCUCUGUCCUGGUACUGAAGGAGAGGCUGCUGCAGGGCCUCCAGGACUCCAACGGAAACUACACCCGACAGACAGACAUCCUGCAAGCCUUCUCCCAGGACCACCACCAGGCUCGCCUGGAUGCUCUGACUGAGGUGGACGACUGCGGCCAGGUGACCAUUAAGUGCAGUCAGGACUACUUAUCCCUGGACUGUGGCAUCACAGCCUAUGAACUCAGUGACUAUAGCCCCAGUGAGGACCAGGAGGGUACCAGCGGAUUGGGCCAGGGGCAGGAGCCCGGCUGUAGAUACACCAGUCUAAAGAGCGACUUCCCAGAGCUCAUCCAGAGUGUGGACCUGCUGACCAUCACAGCCAAGCAGAGCCAGAACCAGGGGGCCGUCUCAGAGCAGGAAGAGGAGGAGCCAGGUACCCCUAUAGAGAAACACAGAGACAAGCCCUCCAGCGCAGGGGAAGAGAACAACCCUGCACCUGGACCCAAAAUGCACUGCGACACGCCCCAGAGCGAGAGCACUCCACUCUCCAAGCAGCCCCUUCAGGGCAGCGUGAGUAACGAGGUGUCCCCCACUCAGCCUGUCCUGCCUAAGAAGACCAUUUAUCUGGAGGGAGAGGCUGAGUCCAGCCUCAGCCUAAGGAGAUCCACCCUGCCUCCCUCUCUUCAAUUCCAGGCAGACCUGAGCCAGAGCACUCCCUCUCUCCUGGACCUUCCCGACCGCUGCAAGUUCUGGCUGGAGCUGAAUGCUGUGUGCCCCAGCAACGCCUCCCAGUCCUUUGACAGCCUGCAGGUCAUGAACAGCAUGAACCUGCAGGCCAGCAGACAAAGAGAGGCUGGAGGUUACCAGAGACAAGGAAGCCCUGUUGGCACUCACAUCCCCCUACAGAGGAGCUCCUCAGAGGUAGACCAGGGAGGCCACUUCCCCCAGGACCUCUCCUCCAUCCCCAUCCUCUUCUCAGGCAACAAUGGAUGCAGCAGGGUCCUGAAGGAUCCACAGACAGACAGAGACACAGACAGCUCCCUACCCUCUCCUAUGAGAGAGCCCUCAGACCACGAGUCCCACGAUGAGGCCACAAGCGAGGACUUCCGCCCUCCCACCAAGGAAGCCGUCUGGAUCAUCCAGCCCCAGUGCCCCCACCUCCACCACCCAGCCCCAGUGGGGACCAGCCCUAACCCCAGCAAGGAGCACUGGUUCAGGUCAGAUGAGUUCCUGGCUCUGCCCGCCAAGCUAAAGAAGACAGAGAUGCUGGCUAUGAAGCUGGAGACCCUGGCCCAGAGACCUGACCACCAGGGACACCAUGAGUCGAUUCAGGAUGUAGACGACUGGGAGCUAACCGAGGUCAAUUCAGACUGGGAGGGCGAGGGCCCGGGCAGCCCCCAACCCCCUUUGGGCUUCGACGUCCUCCAACCCCCCUAUAAGAGGCCUUUCCACGUGGGGAUGGGGCACUUCUCGCCCACCUUGUCCAGCGACAUGACUCCAUCCCUGGAUGAGAGCAUCGACUCGGCCCCCCUCAGGGACCUGCUGUCUGAGGACGAGGCCUGGAGCUCCAGGGAGAGUAGGAAGAGAGACAACGACAGGGGCUGGAGCUCCGGGGAGACCAGAGUGAGAGACACCAACAGGUCUCUCGCCCUGCAUCCCACCACCACCACUACCAUGGCCCCCCACAUAGAGACACAGUGUAAACCUUUCAUCCAACAGCUACUGGAUGACAUCCAGCACCACGACAACCACCCAGACAUAUGGGACAAGAUGGAGGGCUUUGUGAAAAAACUAGAUGAGUUUAUCUGCUGGCUGAGGGAAGCCCUGGAGACCACAGAGAACUGGACGCCACCCAAAGCUGAAAUGGACAGCCUCAAGCUCUACCUGGAGACACACCUGAGCUUCAAGUUGAACGUGGACAGUCACUGCUCCCUGAAGGAUUGUGUAGUGGAGGAAGGCAGGCAGCUGCUGGAAAUCAUCCUCUCCCACAGCCUGAGGGACAUGCUCCAGAUGGUCGUACACCAGUGGCAGCAACUCCAGAGGCAGAUCCGCCGCCAGCACAGCUGGGUUCUGCGGACUCUGGACGCCAUCAAAGCCCACAUUCUGGCCACUGAGGCCUCUCAGGAGGCAGAGACCACGGGCCCGCUGGCCAGCCCAAAGGGGGAGUUUCUGCAGAGCCACUGGGAGGCUCAGAGGGAUGUCCUGGACCAGCUGAGUCUGAAACUGAAGAGCCAGCAGUAUUGCACUGGCACCAUCAGGAGGACUGGGAGGGAGUACGCUCAGAUGUCCAAAUACAACAGUCUGCAGGAGUUUGAGUCUGACUUCCAGGAGCUCUGGGAUUGGCUUAUGGACAUGGACUCUGUGGUGACGGACAGCCACGAGCUGAUGAUGUCAGAGGAGCAGCAGCAGCAUCUCUACAAGGGGAACAGUGUGGAGAUGAGGAUGUGGCUCCCUAAGAAGACAGACCUCCUGGGCUGGGCCGAGAGCCUGCGGAGGAGCGGAGCACAGCUGCCCCCGGACUUCCACGAGCGAGUCAAUGCCAUGACACACAAAUGGGACCAGCUACAGAAGAUUCUGGGAGAGUCGGUGGGGAGCACCAGUCGGUCCCAGGAGCCUCGCUCUGCCCUGUCCCCCCACACCAGCAGCCUGCUGGGCCAGCUGGAAAGCAGGAUCAAGGAUCUGAAGGUGUGGCUGAGAGACACCGAGCUCUACAUCUUCAACUCCUGUCUGAGACCGGACACAGAGCAGGACCUGCAGGUUUCCACCCAGCUGCAGCACUUCCAGUCUCUGUGUCUGGAGGUGUGUGGGAGGCGCAAGGGCGUGUCCUCGUUACUGAGGCUGUCCCAGCGGCUGCAGGAGGAGCAGGAGCAGCAGAGCGGUCCAGACUCAGAGCAACAGGCCCUACAGCUGCAGCUGCUGACCGUCAACCUGGAGCGGCGCUGGGAGGCCAUCGUUAUGCAGGUGCUGCAGUGGCAGACCCGCCUCCGGCGGGCCCUGGGGACAGAUCAGGUCCCGGGGAACAUCGUAGAGGCUGGUCUCAUGGACCUCCACGGCCCAGCCGAGGACUCCUGGGAGUGGGAUGAAAUGGACAUGGCCAUCGUGGAGUACAUGGAGCCACAGGAAUUUGAUAACAAACAAAAUGCUGAAUGUGAAUCAGGUCCUGGAUCCCCUGGGACUGGUUUAGACUAUGACAUGUCCGAGUCGAGCCCGCGUGUCACUCAACGAGGGAUGUCCUUGAACGAAUCGUCUAGAAUGACGCCUCUGUCUUCUCACUGUCCCAGUGUCUAUCAGGUGUACAGCCUGCAUAAUGUGCAGCUUUACAGACAGCCACUACCCUCCGUACACAAGACCUCUUCUCCAGUCAAAGCUGGGAGGAAGCAGCCUCUUCUGAAGAUCCUGAGCAAAGACUCCUCCUUCUCAUCUGUGGAAUCCCUGCCAGACCUCCUAGGGGGUCUGUUUGGCGGGGGAAAGCAGGGGGGACGCGGCGGGGGGUCCGCACGCAGAUCAGAGAGCGAGAGCGGGACAGUCAGUGAGGGCGAGAAAGAGUCUACUGCCAACUCCGUGGUCUGUCUAGAUGACCCAUGGAGAGGAGGCAGCACCUACCUCAGACCCCCCCCAGGAGUCAACUCGCCUGGGGAAGACGACGACGAGGGGGACAGGUUGUGUGACGAGGACAUUGACAGGAUCCUAGAGCGGGCCAACAAGGUAGCGCUGUAUGGGGACUGUGUGUCUGUGACGGCGCUGAGAGAUCAAGACCACAACAGAUGCAAAGCAGAGAAGAAGAAGAGAGGCGGAGGAGGAGGAGAGGAGGGAGGUGGAGGAGGAGAGAACCGGAGGAGACAUGGGAGAAAGUCCAACGUGGAGAUUCUGAUCAGCCCUGACUCCGAGGAAGAUGAGAGAAGAGUGACAGGGGUGAAGGGCCGUAGAGACAGAGAGAUCCCCCAUCUGUCCCAAGGAUCCUCCCUGGAGUCCCUGUAUGCAGUGGGGGAGCUAUUUCCAUCCGGCAAAGACACUCUGCAGCGCUCCACGUCUCUGGAGAGCUGGCUGGCUCCAUGUAAGAGCUGGGAGGAGGCCGAGGGAGAAGGAGGCAGCCAGGGAAGCUUGAGGGAGCUGGGCCUGGGCACCACAGGGGAACUGAGCCGCAGGACUCUGGAGCUCCUCAAACGCCUGGAGAACAUCCAGACCCCGCUACACGACCUAAAGAUGACACGCAGCAUCUCUGACAUCACUCUGCAGAGCAGCAGCUCCCUGUGCCACCCUGGGGUGGGGUAUGGAUCUUGGGGGCCUGGGCAUGCUGGGUGCCUCUUAGGGGGCCGAGGUGGUUCCCCCUCCUCCGUCAAUGAGAGCUCGGCUGCUUCUCUGACAGAGCUGAGCAGCACAGAGGACUCGUCGGUGGGCUCUGAGGACCUGGCCGUACUGAGGAACCGCUGCUACCUGCUGGACUCCAACGCCUCCUUCAGGAAGCACCACCACCGGGCCCAGCCAGGGGGUCACCACGGAGGCCAUGGGGGUCACGACGAGGCAGACGCCAGCAUCAGCAUGGUGGUCAACGUGUCAUGCACCUCUGCCUGCACAGAUGAUGAGGAUGACAGUGACUUUCUGUCUAGCUCCACGCUGACAUUGACUGAAGAGGAGCUGGGUAUCAAGGAGGAUGAGGAGGAGGACAGUGACCUUCUGUCUAGCUCCACGCUGACCCUGACUGAAGAGGAGCUGGGUAUCAAGGAGGAUGAGGAGGAGGACAGGUCAGUCGCCUCCGAGGAGGAGAACAUGGAGGGCUCCUUAGGCCUAGGCAUGGAGUACAUGAAGAACGAGUUCCACAACUGGAUCCACAAUCCAUCCCGCUCCCAGCAGCAGUCCCAGUCUGGCAGGGACAAGAACCUAGGGGACGAGCUGCAGUGUGACACCCUAUCCAAAGACCGCACCAACAGGCUGUCUGUAGGCAACGAGCACUGCUCCUUCCUAAACCGCUCAUCGCUGAGGCUCCUGGAGUCCCACACCAACAGCAACGUAAAGAAAGAGUGUCUCGGAACGCUGCCUGACGUGGUGAACACCAACAGGAAGAACGCCACACGGAGGUAUAUCAGCCAGUUUGUAGAUGACAUGGAGAACGGGAAUGUGGAAAACUCCCACAUCAAAGGGAAGGAUGAGGAUGAUGAGUUGUUACGAGAGGAGGGGAGCCUUUUCACCAAGAAAGGGGAGUCCUUCAAAAACUGUUAUGUGAACGAGUCAGUGGUGAUUGGAGGGGACCAGCUGAGGGGCAUGGGAAUGGCCACUGCCACCAAGCCAUCCUCGUGUGAGACGCUGUCCCAGCUCCAGGCCAAGGAGUCCUCUCUGGAGAGCCAGCUCAGAGGGGAAAUCCCCUGCCAAAGCUCCAGCCACUCCUCCCCCUCUCUCUCCCCACUGGAGGACCGCGGUGGCUCCCACCACGCCCUGCAGAAUCCACCCUGUUCUGGAAACAGCAGUCAGGAGAAUCUCUUAUCUUCAUUCCUCUGUGAUGUCCACACCCAGCAGAGCAUUGGAGAUGCCAAACCCAUCCCAGACCCCAACUCAGACCAUCCCUGCUGCAGCCACCCCCACCCCCAGGCGCCCCCACGCCAGGACCAAAAGAGCCAGGAGAACGUGCACAACUUUGUGAUGGAGAUCAUCAACAUGGCCUCGGUGGCUCUGAAGAACAAGGAGAGCCAGGCGGAGGACAAAGAAAGACCCGGCCAGACUGGAGCCCAGAUCAGGGACAAAGUCCUGGAGCACUCCCACCGGACCAUCCACCUCCACAAGGGAGACUUCUACUCCUACCUGUCUAUCUCCUCCCACGACUCGGACUGUGGAGAGGUUAGCGCCUGUAUAGACAGCAAGAGCACCACCCCCUUACUGUCGCCUACCCCAGACAUCAGGGACGAGGAGAUGCUGUUCGAGGCCUGUCCUGAGAAAGUGUACCUUGGACCUCCUCUCCGCUACAGCAUGGCUGUCACCAAGAGGCAAAGGAGGCACAGUCCCAAAUUAAUUGACUACUACUCCUCCUCUCUCUCUCCCGCUGCCCAAAGCCAGAGUCCGAGCCAAGCGCCUCUGCCCACCUGCAAUGAAUACCAAGAAGAACAUGGUAUUUCUCCUGGAAGUAUAGCUGGGAGACAGCUACAGUGCCAUAAUGGGGCUUCUUAUCUUAAUCCGUUACCAUGUGAAACUCUGAUAGACACUGUUGAAUGUUUAGCAGAUACUGAAAUGCUUGAAUCUAACAUUUCCCCUGUAAUGACUAAGAUAAGAGUCUCUUGCUCCAGUACAAAUCCUUUAAAAGAGGAAGGCAGCCUCUGUCCCCCAAUAAGAAAGUGUGAUUCGGAUGAAAAAGGAUCUACUUCACAGUGGAUGAAACAGAAGAAUGUCAGGAAAGGCUACAGCUCUCUUCAGGAAGUCAAGUCAACUCAUAAACAGAAGCAGUCUCCAAGGUCAGUCCAAGGUUGUGGGGAGGUCAGGGGCCUGCGCCCCUGGGGUAGUGGCCCUGUCUCUGACAACUCAUCUGCUUCAAAGACUGGAACUGCCAUGCCCCAGGUCAGGAGACUGUCUGGGAGUGUAGCCUCAGCCACCUCCAAAGCUCAGCUGUGAGAGAGGAUGGUUCAUGUCUGUGUGCAGUGUCCAUCCUGGUGGCCUGUGGCCUGGACUCUCUCCCCUGUUCCCCUGGUCAAUGGCUCUCUCUAGCCUGCUACUCAAGCUUCCUCUUCUUUCUUCUGGCUACUGUAAUGCUGACCCGUGACCUUUGACCUCUCAGUGACCCGCACCAUCCUCUGCUCCUCCAAUCCGUCCCAGACUGGAACUGAGCUACCUCACUGCUCUGCCACCAACCAUACAAACCUUCACCAAACCCUCACCAAACACACACAGACACAUACUUCUUCUGUCAGCUUGUAUGGCAUUUCUCACUAUCUCACCAGUACUGUAGAACCAGCUGCAGAUGUUAUAAGCCCAGGACACAAGUGUUCCUUGUUUGCUGCAUCAGUAGAAGGUAAGGUCAAAUUUGAAGAGGACACAUGGAGUGGGCGAGUACUUUGAGAGCUGCUGUUUGGUGAUUAGUUCCAUCCUGUCUGGACAGAACAGCACUGCUGAAAGUUCCAGAGCGUUCUGAGAGUUCCAGCUCCAUGGCAACUUGUGUUAAGAAAGAGAAAGCCAGAGGGAAAAAGAGGGAUUGUUUUGGCACUCAACUGAUGGAGGAAAUGGAAGUUGGACCUAUGUCAUAAAGAAAGCCAAAUGCAAGUACAUCUAUCUAUGCAACACGUCCCAGGUUGGAAACAGCUGAACAGUGUUGUGUAGUAAGAGAUUGAUGAUGACUGUUGACUUAAAUUCAGCAUCUAUCUACUAUUUCCUUUUUAUUUUUUUAUUCCUAAGACAUAAAGGCAGGGUACGACUACGGGGGAAGGUUUUACACUUUAAAAAUGUGUGCCUUAUUUCUCAUACCUUUUUUGUUGAAACACUGCUACCCCAGUUAGGUGUUCAAAAGAUGUAGAGAAGGGAAACAACAGCAAGGUUGAAACAGGCAUCCGUCUAUAUGUAUACGUUGUCCAACCUUGACGUGUCAUGAUGGUGUACAUGCUUUGUGUUUAGUGGAAAAGUGUUCUGUGAUGUGGAAUACUAUCAGUGUUAAAGUGCUAGACUGCAUGGCUAACAAUACAUAUACAGACAUGUUGAGAAAUAAACUUCAU